GGUAUUCGAGCAAUCUGUCAACAGACCCCCUGCAUUCAGUCCAUCUCCACAAUGUCAGCGAAACCGCCACCUUCAGACCUCCCAAUCUACCCAUUCCCAUCCGCCUCGGAGCUCGAAACCUUUCUCGAACGCGAGCAUUCCACCGCAUCGGGGUUCUACCUAAAGCUAGCCAAGAAAUCAUCCGGCAUUCCAUCAGUCUCCGCUGCAGAGGCAGUCGAAGUCGCGUUAUGCUUCGGCUGGAUCGACGGGCGAGCCAACUCGUUCGACAAGGACUGGUGGCUCGUGCGAUACACGCCCCGUCGGACAAAGAGCAUCUGGUCGCAGAAGAACGUGCAGACCGUCGGACGCUUAAUUGAUGAGGGAAAGAUGCGGCCUGCGGGGUUGGCUGUGGUUGAGGCCGCGAAGAAAGAUGGCCGAUGGGCGCGUGCGUAUAGUGGGCCCGCUACUAUGAAGGUCCCUGAUGAUCUCACUGCUGCUUUGGCUGAGAAUUCGGCGGCUAGGAGCUUCUUUGAGGGGUUGAAUAGGACUGAUCGAUAUGCUGUGCUCUGGCGAGUGGAGACGGCGUCUCCGAAAGCGCGAGCUAGUCGAAUCGAAUCGUUGGUGCAGAUGCUGGCUGAAGGCAAUAAGCCGGGUGAAUUGGCAAAGCCAGCGCAGAAGCGUAAGGCCAGGGCCGAUGUAGACGAAGAUAGUGACAGCUCGAGAAACGUCAAGUCUGUUUCGAAUGAUAAACCCAGAGAGCCGCGACGUGCUGGGCUUCGCAGUCGGAAAUGACUGACCAGUCUGCUCAAUGUUCAAGCCCAGCAAUCGCUGUUUCCUUUCUUUCUAUUUUU